AUUUGUUUGGUAUUUUUUUCGUUGUUACCAAGUUGAAAUCUAUAAGAAAAUGUAUAAAAAUCCUAUGCAGUUUUUUACUUGCAGAUCUGUGUUAUGUAUGUGAUACGUAAAACAUUAAUUAAUUAACUCUUUUUUUUUUAAUUAAGCUGUAGCCCUGAACUAUGUCUGAUAGAAAUAGACUAUUUCGUAAAAGGCGUUUCAUUUCACUGGAAUUAAAAAAACAAAUUUUGGAUCGUCUGAAGAAAGGAGAAAAAGUAUCACAUGUUGCAAAAGCUUUAGAUAUAAAUGAAGCAACAAUCCGGAACAUACAUAGAAGUGAACAGAAAAUUACAGCUUCUGUUACUGCAGGUUGUUCUAUUUCUGCAAAAAUGGCAGCGCGUACUAGAGAACCGAUAAUUGAAAUGAUGGAAAAAGCUCUUAAAAUUUGGAUUGAUGACUGUUUAAAAAAACGAAUUCGAAUAAAAACCGAUAUUAUUAAACAGAAAUCUUUAAAAAUUUACAACUAUCUAAGAGAAAAUGGACAGCAAUCUACUAGCCGCAGCUUUGUAGCUAGCAGAGGUUGGCUUCAGCGUUUUAAAAAUCGUUACUCAUUACAGCAAAUACAAAUAGAAGGGAAAAUUGAUCGGGAAACUGCCAAAUUUCCAAAAGAAUUGCAACGAAUUAUUGAACGAGAAGGAUACACAACAUACCAGGUUUUUAAUGCAGCUGAGACAAGUCUUUGGUGGAAAAAAAUGCCAAAGAGAACAUUUAUUUCAAAAGAAGAAAACGAUGCGUUAGGUUUUGAAGCAUCAACAGAUCGUGUAACAUUACUUAUGUGUAGUAAUGCGUCAGGAGAUCACAUGGUAAAACCUAUGCUAGUUUAUAAAUUCUUGAAUCCUCCGGUAAUGAAAAAUUUAAAUAAAAAUGCCAUGCCGAUAUAUUGCUAUAAUAAAAAAGCUUUGAUAACUGCUGAUUUAUUUAAUAAAUGGUUUCUAAACUAUUUUGUACCAAAUGUAGAAAAAUACUUAAAGCAAAAAAAUCUGGAUUUCAAAGUUUUACUAAUAUUGGAUAAUUCCCCAAUCCAUCCGAAAAAUUUAAAUCACCCAAAUGUUAAAAUAAUAUUCUUACCACCGAAUACGGCUUCUUUGCUUCAACCGUUAGAUCAGGGAAUCGUAGCCACAUUUAAAACUCUUUACAUUAAGCAUUUUUUGCAAUGGAUUGUGAAUAAAAUAGACGGCGAAUCUAUCGAAGUCGUACAGGCAUGGAAACUAUUCACAAUUUCGGACUGUAUUAAUCUCAUAUCUUUGUCUAUCAAAGAAAUAAAACCAGUAACAUUAAAUGCCUGCUGGAAAAAGUUAUGGCCAGAGUCAGUUCAAGACUUCAGAGUAAUUGAUCCGGCAGAAAACAGAAUCGAAGUGAUACUAAAACUUGCUAAAUCUUUAGGAGGGGAAGGUUUUGAUGAUAUGAAUCUUGAAGAUAUCGAAGAAAUAAUGGAAGAAGAGAUUGAUGAAGAAAAUUUGGUCGAAAUGGUAUCUGCGAUCGACCAAGUUAUUUCAGAGGAUGAUAGUACAGAUGAAAACACUGAAGAUCAUAAUUUUAUCCUAGAAACCAUGCGGGAAGGCAUAAGGUUGGCCGAACAAUUGGAACUAUACUUUCUAAAUACAGAUCCUUCCAUUGAAAGAAGAAUAAAAUUUAAGAGAGAACUUCAAAAAUGCAUGGCUCCAUAUAACGAACUUUAUAACGAACUUUUAUGCAGACGUAAUCAAAUGGAAAUAUCAGAUUUUAUGAAAGAAAUAGAAAAUGAAAAUGUUACUGAUAUUUCUGAACAAGAUUAACAAAACAGCUCAAAAGUUGAUACUUUGUAAAAAGAAAAAACCCUUAUUUGACCAAGUAUUAACCCCGAAUACAGUUCUUUUAAUUAUGAUUAUUAAUUACUUAUUGAUUGGAAAUAAAUUAUUGUAAUAAACAUAUUUUUCUUAUU